AGACAUUUCUGUCAGAAAGAGCAGUCAGGCAUUGGGACAGGUUGCCCAGGGAGGUGGUGGAGUCACCGAACCUGGGGGUGUUCAAGGUUGGAAGUGGUGCUUAGGGACAUGGCUUAGUGGGCUAUAUUGGUAGGGGAUGGUUGCACCUGAUGGACUAGAAGGUCUUUCCAAACUUUAGUGAUCCUAGGAUUCAGUGAUUCCCUCCAUUUUCCUGCAGCUCCUUCCCCUCCCCAGGUGCCCGGGGUCAUGGCAGCUGGGCUGCCCUCUCCCUGCCCCCCUUUCCCCCACUCCCCAAUGUUUGGGUUUGCGAGCGAACCCAACCGCCGUCCUGACCCUCCUACGACCCCAAACCAGCCGUUUUUGGGGCGGGGAAAGGAGAAACACCGGCUUUUUUAGAGGGGGCACCGCGGGGCCGCCACCACAGCGGGCACCAUGGGCGAAGCGCAGCCGGGGGAGCCGCGUCCAUCCCCGGGCAGCCCGGGGCCGGCGGAGGAGCUGCAGAAACCCCCUUAUUCCUACGUGGCCCUCAUCGCCAUGGCCAUCCGGGCCAGCCCUGAGCAGCGCCUACCCCUGAGGGGCAUCUACGCCUACAUCUCCAGCCGCUUCCCUUACUACCGCUGCUGCCCCAAGGGCUGGCAGAACAGCGUCCGCCACAACCUCAGCCUCAACCCCUGCUUCCUUCGCCUGCCUCCCCGCCACGGCCUCUCAGCUCCUCGCCGGGGCGGCGAAUGGGCCCUGGACCCGGCUUCUUUCCACGACAUGUUCCCGGGGGGCGACUACCGCCGCCGCCGCCGCCGGCCCCAGCCGCCUCAGAGCAGCGCCGCCUCCCCCAGGGCUCCGCCGCCGCUCCCCGCCUGCCCCUGCCCGGCUUUGCCCGCCUGGGCCCCGCUGUGGGGCUCGGGGCCGCCGCCGCCGCCGCCUGUGCCCGCCUGGGCCCCCGCUUGGUGCCCGGGGCCGCCGCCGCCUCAGCCGCCGCCGGAGCUGGGACCUUGCUGCUUUGUGACCGCCCUGAGCGCCCCUCCGAGCCCCGAAAGCUGGAGAUAAAAGGGAUUUGAAUAAAAAAAAGGGCCUCGGCUGCGUGAGGGGAGAAUGAGGCUGGAAGGGGCUUCGUGCUGAGGGGGGUUGUUGAGGUGUGUGUGGGUGCCUCGUGUCAGUGCUCUGUCGGGAGAAGGGAAUUGCGUUACCUGAAGCGAUUUCAGUCUGGAUUAUUAUUAUUUUCUAUUAUUUAUUUAUGGUUUUGUUGUGAUUAUCAGUUUGGCUUAUUAUUUUUUAAAAAAUUUAUGAUUUUGUUGUUCGAACCUGCAAGCCUGAAGGGGUGCUGCGGAGCUUGCCCAAACUAAUCUGUGUUGUGGUAUCUUCAAUCUGGAAAUACACGAAGAGCCGUGAAGCACCAGUCCUUGUAGGACUGUUAUAUUUGGUUAUGUGCAGAAAAAGCAUUUUUUCAAGUGUCCUUAAACUCAUUUUUGAGCUUUUAUUUCUUAUAUAUGUAUACGUAAAAUGUAUUUUUAUUCUUUGUGGAAAAAAAAAUGGCUUUAAUACUGGGAAUGAUGUGUAUUUUUCAUUUUUGUGAAACUUUAAUACUGGGAAUCUUAUGAUUUUGUAUUUAAAGCAGAGCUAUAUGAGGUUUUACAUACAGUCAAGAGUUAUUUUAUACCGUUUCUUGUUACAGAUGUUUACAUUUAUUCUUGACACAUUUCUUAUAAAUAAUGCACUAAUUAUAAGGGUAUUUUCCUCUUAAUUUCAGAGGAGUGCUUCCUGUAUUUUCCCCUCAAAAUAACCGUCAGGGACAAAGCGUGCUUCUAAUAAGAUUUGUGUAUUUAAGUUUGUUAACGAAGAGUUCAAAUACUGUUAUGAGUGCUGCAGAGCAGCACUUGGUUAUAUGUUGUAUUUUAUGACUUGUUCAAUAAGCACUACUUUGUAAGAGCUCAUGGCUUCAGAAAGUACUUGAAGUAAUUUGGCAGGUUUUUGCUCAUCCUUAAAAAAGAAUGCAACUUGAACCCAGUUUUGUAGUUUGUAUUUUAUAUUUCCCUGUACUUAAGAAGAGUUUCUGAACAUUGUCUUUAAAUUCUAACGAUACAAUGCCAAUAAAAUGCUGGAAAUACUGUUAAAGUCAUCUGGGGCAACAGCAUUGAGGUUGUUGUUACAGAAAUCCAACAUAUUAAAGAUAUUGCAGUUUUAUUAUUUUCCA